CCCCUGCAGUAGUGGAAGAAGUACUGCUUGGUGUUGUGGUUGCGUCACUUCGCCCCUCUCUUGCCUCCUGCUCAGCUGACUGAUGACAUUUGGCAGGAUACUUUCAAUCUGAGAGAAGUUGUCGGAAAGCAACCCUGUAACCUUCAUCAUCACGGACAAAGGGAGAUAAGUGUCCCCUAGGCAAAUCUUAUCUGAGCUUCGUCAGCAUGGCUCCAACUCUGUAUGAUGAGAAACCAGAGAUUGGGGACCUGAUAGAGAUCUUCAGAGGCACAUACCAGCACUGGGCGGUGUACAUCGGAGAUGGAUAUGUCAUUCACCUGGCGCCACCCACUGAACAGGCAGGUGGUGGGGCUUACAGCAUGAUGUCGGUACUGUGUGACAAAGCCAUCGUGAAGAAGGAGGAAUUGUGGGAUGUUGUGGGAACCGACCAGUGGCAAAUCAACAAUAUCCUGGAUAAAGAGUAUGAGCCGCGGCCAGCCCACAUAAUCCUGCGGGAGGCCAAGACCCUUCUGAACCAGGAGCUACCCUACUGUGUUUUCCGAGGGAACUGUGAGCACUUUGCCACUGAGCUGCGAUAUGGCAAGGCCCAUUCACGCCAGGUACGCAAAGCUGUUGAGGUUGGCGUCGGAGUGGGGAUGGCUGCGAUGAUUGGUGUGGGAGCUCUGGCUGUAGCUGCAGCCAUGUUUGGAGGUGGAAGCAAGCAGAAGGAAAGUAAGCGCUGAAUACAAGACCUACAGUAUCUUUCCUUGAAGUAACCCUAAGCACACUACCACCACCAGGCCUUUCUGACAAUAAAAACGCCAAAUUUCUCAUACAUUUGUCUGGCGUGGACCUUGAAAUAUAUCCGUGACUGGAGUAUGGAUCAGCUGACACACUGUCAGUCAUGAUUUGACAGAUUUGUAUAGGUUUUUAUCUCUCUCUCCAUGAUGGUGCCAUGUGUUGGUUUAUAUAUUGAUUACGCUGCUCUCUGUUAAUAUAAAUCUAUAUAAAAUGAAUAUGUAAAAACUGUUGACUCAGUUAACGCACAUCUUACUCUGUGAUAAAUGAUCAGAAUUAACACAAGUACUGGGUCUCCCUCCAACUCAAAAAAUUCAGCUAAAGAAACUGGACUCUGAGUUGUGCAGCUGUGGAUCAGCUGGAAUCAAAACAUAUGGUUGUCAGGGCAACUUUGACAGAAAAGCAAAAUAAAAUUGCAACAGUUGUCCAUUUCCAUCAACUUUUAUGCAUUAUACUCCAUGUGAAUCAGGAUUUAAUCCACCCUUGUCUAGAAUGUUGAUUUCAUAUACAGUUUUAUUUUACGCAAAUUUGUGAAAAAGACACAGGAUUUCCUUUUACUAUUAGUUUCUAAUCCAAGUUAAAAUUCACAUUAAAAAGUUGGCUGGGAACCCAGUUGCUGUCAGUAGGCAGAUCCUUUAGGCUACACAGCUAACAAUUGUUAACUAUUGAUUGCCAUGUGAUUGAUAAAAAGUGACUGAGUGAUUUUGUCAUCUACAAGGUGUCGGGUGUUUAAUAUAGUUAAAAGGGAAUGCAAAUAACAUUGCAGCAUUAUCUAAUAUUUGUUCACAGAAGACUGGAAUUUCAUAGUUGGCACAGCUUUUAUGUAAAAUAGUAAUGAAUGACUGUUUGUUAACAUUACAAUGUUUCUAUGUGAUACAUUUCAUCAAACCUUUUGUCGAAAAUAAAAUUGUAUGAAACCUGUGCAUAAA